GUGAAUCUUCCUAAAAUGUCUUACUAUUGGUGUCCCUCUCCUCUUUGCCUGCAGCUCCAGAAGACUCUGUCAGAGUUGGAUGAAGAUGAUCCUUGCUACGAGUUUCGUCGAGAACGAUUCACUGUCCAUCGAACACACCUUUACUUCCUCCACUAUGAGUAUGAACCCAGCUCUGACAACACUGAUGUUACUCUAGUCGCCCAGCUCUCUAUGGACAGGCUUCAGAUGUUGGAGGCCAUCUGUAAGCACUGGGAAGGCCCCAUCAGCCUGGCCCUGUACCUGUCCGACGCUGAGGCCCAGCAGUUCCUGCGCUACGCUCAGGGCUCAGAGGUGCUGAUGAGCCGCGGGAACGUCGGUUACCACAUUGUCUACAAAGAGGGACAGUUCUACCCAGUCAACCUGCUUCGAAAUGUGGCCAUGCGGCAGGUCAACACACCCUACAUGUUCCUAUCAGACAUCGACUUCUUGCCCAUGUAUGGCCUCUAUGAGUAUCUCAGGAAGUCAGUGGUGCAGCUGGACAUGGCCAACACCAAGAAAGCUCUGGUGGUUCCAGCCUUUGAGACGCUGCGAUAUCGUCUGUCUUACCCAAAGUCCAAGGCUGAGCUGCUGUCUCAGCUGGACAUGGGCACGCUAUUCACCUUCAGGUACCAUGUGUGGACUAAAGGCCACGCACCAACUAACUUUGCCAAAUGGCGGACGGCCACCACCCCCUACAGGGUGCAGUGGGAAGCCGAUUUUGAGCCCUACGUCAUGGUGAGGAGGGACAGUCCUGAGUACGAUCGCCGCUUUGUGGGCUUCGGCUGGAACAAGGUGGCUCACAUCAUGGAGCUGGAUGCACAGGAGUACGAGUUUGUGGUUCUGCCCAAUGCCUACAUGAUCCACAUGCCUCAUGCGCCCAGCUUCGACAUCACCAAGUUCCGCUCCAACAAGCAGUACCGGGUCUGCCUCAAGACCCUGAAGGAGGAGUUCCAGCAGAACAUGUCGCGACGCUAUGGCUUCGCCGCCCUAAAAUACAUGACAGCUGAGAACAACAGCUAGCCACCACUGCAGACCCUCACACCCCCAGCCUUGAACAAAUGACACACUCCAGGACAGGACAACAGGAAACGGAUACUUUUAGUCCCUCAGAAUUUGUUAGAACGUUUGACCGUCAGUGUGGAACUGCAAGGGUCUUUAUGUCCAUUCUUUGUCCUCUGCUGUGGAUGGAAGAGAUAAUCCAGGAGGAGAUCCCUUCUUCCAGGAUGUUUAAGCUGUGAUCAUACAAGUGACUGCUAGGUCCAGGCCACUGUUGUGUGGGCCCCGAGCUCUUGGCCCUGAAAUUUGACAGACGGCAGGCAAUCAAUGCAUUGCCAUAUUUGUAAGAGCAGUGACAGAAUCGUGGACUGCGUGUGUAACUAUAUGUAUGUAUGCGUGUUCGUGUGUGUACAUGCAGGUAGAUGAAAAGUGUGACUGUGUAUGUGUCCCUCCAGGACAGCACUUAGCUAAAAGCCUGAGGAGAGCUGAAAAUAUUGUGGGCCUGCAUUCUGUUUGCACGCCAACAAAGUGCCAACAAAAAGCAGCGGCAGUUUGACUGACAGCACACCCCACAUUAAACGCACAUUGUCAUCGGGUGGCAUGAUAAGCCAAAGCAGCAGCGUCCACACAGAUUUUCACAUUGUGAUGAGCGACACACACUCAGAUAUUGAGGUGAUCAGCCGACCAGCCGACCAGCUGCUGCUGCUUAAUUUGUUUGACAGUUGAUACAGAUCAGAAUAAAUCCUCCCCUUCGUAUAUUAAGGGAAGUUAAGUGCAGGGACGGCGGGAGGUCGUCCAUGCGCUUGAUAUUCAGGGUCUUCACAUCAGCCCGAGCGUGCUGAGAUUGUUUCCAGAGUUUUGUUACUGCUAAAGAAUCUGACAGCAGCUGGUGCAGUGUGCUUUUUUUGUGUGUUUUAAAUUGAUGCCAGUGUGCUCUGCACAAACACCUGCUGGAAGUCGGUUUGUGAAGCUGCCACCCCACCACAUGAGGCGAAGCACCAAUCAGUGAGCUCUCUGUUUACGUUUUUCUUUUCCAACAAUCAGUAUUAUUUAUCAGUGUGUUUACAGGCCUGAUGAGUGUCUCCUCCGCACAUCAUCAGGAGCAUCUGAGGAGGAGAGUGGUGAAAAUCAACCACUUGCAGUCAGGAGAAAGUCACAGACACUUUUUUUUUUCUCUCCCGCUUUCUUUCUUUCUCACUCUGGCCUCUAGUUUGACGACAUUAUAGUGGAGUCCAAAAACGCUUGUGGUGUGUGUUCUCCCAUUUGUGUUGCUACACAUGGUCACGCUGGAUGUGGACAUUGGGUGUGAUAUGAAUAUUUUGCCUGCGCCGUUCAGCUCUUACUACUGCUGUGACAGACACCUGACAGACACAACUCUGCCCAGUUAUCUAGACUCUUAAGAGGACACAAAGACUGACAGUCACUAUAAUAUUACACUGUUACCAUAUGACAAAAAUAUCAUAAAAGCACUGUUUUGUAUCUACAUCAUAAUGUAUGUUACGAUAUGAUGAGAUAAAAACUAAAGUUAGUUGAGGUGAAUGGAAUACAGAUAACGUAUAUAAAAUAAAUAAAGUAAAUAAUAAGUAAAAUAAUAAAGUAUGUUUAUCUUACUGCGAGUCCUGACAGAGAUAUCAUAGAAAGGUUUGAAAUGAUGAACCAAAAAUCCAGAUACAAACAGAAGAAGAACUUCUGCACUUUGGCAGUUUAUUUACAACAGUAACAUUUAGUUAGCUAACAACAUCAUUAAACUCAUACAAAGUCAUUGAUGAAUUGCAGUUGUGGACUAUGAGCAAGACAACAUUUAUCAUAUAUAUGGCUGAUUUUUUUGAUGCAUGUGGAAAUAGAAUUAGUAAUUAAAUACACCACUUCAGAAUGAACACAACAAUUUGAAAGUGUAGGAAAUUUCCAAAAUUUUAAGAUGUUGUAACAAGUGUUUCCCUUCAGAUUUCUGAUGAGUACAUCAGAUAAAGUAGUGUGUGGAGGCUGAUCAUCUCUGUAAAAGGACAUCUCGGUUAAAAUAACAUUAUGUUGUAGUUUUAACUUAAAAUAACAGCUUCAAAAUUGUUUUCAUAUUUCACUGACUUGUUAAAGGGUGAAUGCCUUCUCUUUUAGUACCACACUUGGUCUUGCAAUGCCAGCUACCGCACUAUGUCACAUUGGAAUCCUGGGCAGGUUGGCGUGAGAUAAAAGCGGUGAAGGGGAUGCGAGACAGAUUCCGAGCUGGCCUUCUAGCUGUUGGACUGAGUUGGAUGUAGCUGCAGUACCGGAGGCUGCAGUUUCAAGACCACAAUCCUAGGACCGGAACUGCAUUUGUAGGACCCUUGUUUACUUUGAUACUGCCAGCUAACUGGCUAGCUAACUAGCUAGCUAGCUAUAUUACUCUUGACAGCCCCCCGAAGCCAAUUACCCAUACCCUAACUUUCACAGUGUUUGUCUAAACCUAAGUUAUUGAUUAUAUGCAUGUUGACCAGUUAACCCAACAGCUGUGCACUUCAGCCUCAAGGCCGACGUGCUAGCAGACAGGGCUAAUCUCUUUAGUGUUGCUGUCGAAAAGAAGAACUACGGUCCUAGAACUGUGGUCCCAGGAUUGUGGGGGUCCUGAAACUGAAGCCUCCAGUACAGCAGUUAGAUAAUAUUGGUUGGACAAGUGAGUAAUAACUUAUUAGCUGGCUAGCUAUGUUUGUGUUGUCGCGUUGUUUAUGUUUAGCCUACCUGUGUUAGCAAAGUUGUCAACUCGAGCGAAAUCAGCCGGAGGUUUCACUGAAAGAGGUUUAGCUGCUAGCUAUAGAUCUCGAGUUGAAACUUACUAGAAAACGCACUCGGACAUCUGUAAGAGCUCUUGCAUCGUUUGGUGUCUAGCUGUGUUGGCUAGCUUGCCACACAGCCUCUUGCUCGGUCAAUCUCUCUUUUUCUCUUGUGAGCUUCUACCGUCAACGUAUUCUUUCAUCUCUUCGCCUCUUCCAUUAGCUAACGUUAUGUCUAUAGAGGUUGCUGAGCCCAGUUAUGUUGCUUUAACUGUGAUGGCAUUCAUGAUAUCAGUAACGUUAGCUGACAUUUCAGAUUGUUACCACUGGCUUUGCACAUACCACCGCUGGUCUACUGGCCAAUACAUAUCUUUGUGAAACUAGAGGUCUCACACACACACACACACACACAUUCUCUGAUACACACUGUCUCUCUCUUUCUCUCUCUCUCUCAGUCACUACAGCAUUCUUAAUCUGUACAGGAAAGCAGCAGAAGGGCUCUGUGCAGUCUUGCAGGUGUGUGUGAAUACACUGUGUGUCUGUGUGUACGUGUAGGUUCAGUAAGCAGGCGUGUGUGCUCGUGUGUGUGUGAGAAGUUUGACUCGGUUCUGAAUGUGUGUGUGGCUUUGCAGGGCUGGGAGGAGCUGCAGUGUGUAAGUAGGACAGUGCUGACUGAUGCUGCUACCUGAAUAAAAGCAAAGAGUCAAACACUG